AUGGACCAGCGGCACACGGGGAGAGCGGGUCUGCUGGGUUGCCUACAGGCGAAAGGCGCCGCGCAGAUGGGCUCGUCGUCGGAGCCGCUGUCGAGGGGCCUGUACGCGCAAGUCGAGCCGUACGACUCCGGGUUCCUCAAGGUCUCCGAUGUCCACACCAUCUACUACGAGCAGUCCGGAAACCCGCAGGGCCAUCCCGUGGUGUUUCUCCACGGGGGUCCCGGAGCCGGCACGUCGCCCGGCAACAGGAGGUUCUUUGACCCGGAGUUCUACAGGAUCGUUCUGUUUGACCAGAGGGGUGCAGGCAGAAGCACUCCCCAUGCUUGUUUAGAGCAGAACACUACUUGGGACUUGGUAGCUGACAUUGAGAAGCUCAGGGAGCAUCUUGACAUCCCGGAAUGGCAGGUGUUUGGUGGUUCAUGGGGAAGCACCUUGGCACUUGCCUACAGCCAGGAGCACCCUGAUAAGGUCACUGGCCUUGUUCUGAGAGGAAUUUUCUUGCUUAGGAAAAAGGAGCUCGAUUGGUUCUAUGAGGGUGGUGCAGCAGCCAUUUUCCCAGAUGCAUGGGAACCAUUUAGAGAUUUUAUUCCCGAGGAUGAAAGGAAUUGUUUCAUAGAUGCGUAUAACAAAAGGUUAACUUCAUCUGAUCCUAUUGUUCAGGUUGAAGCUGCUAAGCGCUGGACGAUGUGGGAGAUGAUGACUGCGCAUCUUAUCCAAAACAAUGAUAACAUUAAACGAGGAGAAGAUGACAACUUUUCACUGGCAUUUGCAAGGAUUGAAAAUCACUAUUUUGUGAAUAAGGGAUUUUUACCCUCGGACUCAUUCCUAUUGGACAAUGUUGAUAAGAUCCGACAUAUUAAAGCUUUUAUUGUACAGGGACGAUAUGAUGUUUGUUGCCCUAUGAUAUCUGCUUGGGAUCUUCAUAAGGCUUGGCCUGAAGCAGAAUUCAAGGUGGUACCGGACGCAGGGCACUCGGCCAAUGAAGUAGGCAUUGCUGCCGAACUGAGGUCAGCCACCGAAAAGCUGAGAGACUUGUUGCGCAAAUGA